UCAUAAACAUUUUAAAUCUAUUUGUGUUAAGUAAACCUAAUUUGACAUGUUUAUUUACUGGUGAAUGAAUCGGUGUUAAUAAUAUAAAAAUAACGUUUUAAUAUCAACUUUAGAGUUCGAAAGGAAAAGGAGUACGGAAUAUAUAGCGUUCAUGUAAAUAUUAUAUAUUACAUUCAUACUAUUAGAGAAAAAAACUUGUUGCGCUAUAAACAAUUAACGAACAAAAACAGACAAACGACGUUUGUUUGAGUCCAAGUGUGCAUCCAGCAUGUCGGCUAUGGUGAUGAACGCGGAUCAGGGGCAAGGUUCGGGGAUCUUCCAGCGAUACCCGACGCCGCCGCCAUCUCUCAACUACCCGUUUAACGGGUUUGGGUAUCCAUCAGCUAGCGCGCAGCAUCCCCAGGACUACAGCCACUUCCAAGUAGCCGACCCCACCGGCGUCCACCAUCCACACUGGUACAACAUGUACGCGCCUCGGACCGACGAUUGGAGCUACUGCCCCAACGGAACCAUGACCGCCGCAGCCACGACCAUGGCCAGCUCCCCCGGUAUGAGCGCCGGAUACUCGUACCGCUCGACUGCCAUGGAGUAUACCCCACCGUGCACGCAGGUUCCCACGGACUCCCUUGGGGACACCAGCUCAUCCAGCUCAAAUUCCGGUUCCCCGACGAAUAAGCAGCUCCGGCCUCCGUUUGACUGGAUGAAGAAGGCCACCUACCAGUCCGCGCCUACCUCAGGGAAGACGCGCACCAAGGACAAGUACCGAGUGGUGUACAGCGACCACCAGCGUCUCGAGUUGGAGAAAGAGUUCCACUACAGUCGCUACAUCACCAUCCGCCGGAAGGCAGAACUCGCACAGACACUGGCCCUCUCAGAGAGACAGGUGAAGAUCUGGUUCCAAAACCGACGAGCGAAAGAGCGAAAGCAGAACAAGAAACGCGACGACACGCAGAUGAUUAAGAUGCUGCCUGAUCUUGGAGACUUCGCGGACGACACGAAACAGCACGUGCAGCAGGUGAACAUGCAGAUGACUUCCGGUGGACCACAGCACCACGUGCACGCAUCACCGGUUACUCAGACAGGUCCGUACAGCUACACGGGUGACGGCCUCCUGCACAUGACGUCACACGGCUCCCACGGCGGCGCACUUCCGGUCCAAUCGCACCCCGGACAGCAGCCGUACGCGUCCUCCGGCCACAUCGCGAGCUCACCCAGGAUGGAGGCCUCCCACAUGUCGCCCGCCUCAACCCCAACCUCCCCGAACACGUCCGCGAUCAAAACCGACAUUGACGCCCUGGGCGAACAUGUCUCCUAAAAAUAGAAGCACCGAACAGUUUAAGGUGUACACAUUUCAUGUUCAAGAAAAUCGGCGAUUCACUAGAAUGUAAGAAACAACCUGAAAUAGCAUCGCGCCUAAUGAAAACUGACAGUUACGCGCACGAAGAACUCAUUUGUUGAAGCGUGGACACAUAACGGAAAUCUUAUCCUUCUUCAAAUUCCUCUUCCGGUGAUAAUGUUGGAAAUAAUCUGUAAUAGAUUUGAAUCCGACGCAGAUGUACGUAUGUGUGUGUGUACAAAGACGAAUGACUCCUAAAAUAUUAAAUAACUGACUGAACACCCCUGAUAUGGGGCCGUUCGCUGUUGAAUUCUAUUGUUUGUACAUAUUACAAUUAUAAUAAUUAUAUUUCACACGGAUGUAUGACCAUGGUAUUGUUCUGUUUUUUUAUGAAUACAUGUGUUGCAA